GUAAAAACCAGGACUACCCCAGAAAAGGCAACUCAUUUAGCUCACAUGUUUUGUCUGUGAGAUUAGUGCAAGAUAUAAAAAAGCACCUACUCUUCACUUCUCUUCUCUACCACUUCACCUUUCCGUAUUACUACGAUGACUUCUGUAAGCAACAGCUACAAUCACCAAACUGGUUAUUACGACUUUGACGACGACGCAACCACUGCCCCCUAUGACCCUGACGCGACUUCCGAACUAUCUCACCACACGAACUCCACCUUCAACAUCAACUCGCCUUUUCAUCUCUCGCCCGUUCUUUCCUUCAACAGCAACUAUGACAACCCCACCACCGCCUCCUACGGCUCCUUUGAGCCACCCUACUCCCCCGCCUCCUCGUUCGUCCUUGGCCUCGAUCGUGAUGAUGAUGAGUUUCGUGCUCUGUCGCGUGCGGGUUCGUCCCCACCGGCAUCACCUCAGCCAAACAGCUUCCCGUCUCCCGUGCUCCCUCUGGAACCGCUUCCGCCGCAGCAUCCUCAAUCACCGCAACAGAAUCAUCAAUCACCACCGCCGCAGCACCCUCACUCACCGCAACAAGAGCAUCAAUCACUACCGCCUCAGCAUCCUGAAUUAUCGCAACACCAACAUCAAUCACCACCGCCGCAGCAUCCUGAACCAUCCCAACACCAACAACAUCAAUCGCUUCCGCCGCAGCAUCCUGAAUCAUCGCAAUACCAACAACAUCAAUCACCAAUGCCACAACACCAAGCUGCCCCCACCAUCCCUCUAUUCGCUCCACCUCCACUCUUUCCGCCGCAGCAUCCUGAACCAUCCCAACACCAACAACAUCAAUCGCUUCCGCCGCAGCAUCCUGAAUCAUCGCAACAACAACAUCAAUCACUAAUGCCACAACACCAAGCUGCCCCCACCAUCCCUCUAUUCGCUCCACCUCCACUCUUUCCGCCCCUCGGUGUCCCUAGCAAUGAAGAAGAACAAGACGACGAUGAUAUCAUGGAUACUGAUGAGCCAAUGGACAUCGACGAGUGGUGCGAAGAAGAAGAUCUCAACGAGAUGUAUGUCGACUGGGUAGGGCCAGCGCCAGCGUUCCCCUGGUGGUGCUAGUGAAAAAAGCCCCCCGAGAAGUAAGUAGUCUUGUGCUUCUGUUGUGCUCUGCU